AUGUCCAACAAACCGGACUCGUCCUGCAAACCCCCCUCAGCACACACUUUCUCCUUCACAGCCCCCUUUCCCUCAUCCUCAGCGUCCUCAUCGUCUCCCCCGACGAGCUCGUCACUCAAGCAGAGGCGCGUAUCACUCGCCUUGCCGUCCUCUCCCAGACUCGUCCCAGCUUGGAGCUUUCGAGACGACACCAGCCUCGCCUCGCACGUCGCAGAGACCUCGGCUAUGAUGCCUGAAAGGAAAGGCAAGAUGCGCAGGAUCGCUGACGAUGGCGAACGCGACGAACCCAGAGGCGUCGUCAUCCAGGAGAAGAAACAAAGAAAGAAAUGGACAGAGGAGGAAACACAGAUGCUCGUUGAUGGAUGCAAUGCUUGGGGAGUAGGCAACUGGAAAGCCAUCCUCAAAGACCCAAAGCUCAAGUUCGAUAACCGUUCACCAGUCGAUCUCAAAGACAGGUUCCGCACAUACUUCCCCGACGCAUACAAGGAGCACUAUCCUAAUGCCAAGACACACCUUUCCAGCAAAGUUCGAUCUACCCUCCCAGAUGGGCGCUCUAUAUUCGAGAAAACACGCAGCAAGAAGCGCCGGCCUUUUACUGAGGAGGAGGACCGGGCUUUGAAGGCCGGUUACGAGAAACACGGCACCGUAUGGGCUACUAUUGUUAAAGACCCUGUCUUUCAGGAGCAGAACCGUCGCUCGACCGACCUACGUGACCGGUUCCGUAAUGCCUUCCCUGAGUUGUAUCAAGCCGCUGGGUACAAACCUCGUAAUACGGCAAAGAAGAAGCGAGACAAUGGGAUGCAACUUCCCAUUCGUGCAGCGACAGAUGACCAAUUAACUAUGAACCACAGCAUGGGUGGACCUACCAAGAAGCGAAGAGCACAGACCAGACAAGGUCUGUAUAGGGGAGGGACAAAGAGUGUCCCUGAAAGUGCGACAUGUUCAGAAGACGAGGACAGCUCGGGCGCUGAGGAGGAGGAUGGGCAUAUGUUUAAACUUCCAUCCAUGCCCACACAGGUUUACCAGUUCGACGACAUCACAUCACCUUCCGACGGUCUUGCUGAGAUGGACAUGGAAACCAUCGACCCUCUCUCUGAACCAUUAUCUAUUCCGGAGUAUAUGCCGAGUGGCUCACAGUCUCUAUCCGAAUUGACCGACUCGUCGCAAUCACAGGCUUGGUCUAGUCUCGAGACACCUCUGCACUCGACUCCAUGGUCUGCCACCACAGGUUCACCAACCUCGUCGCAUAUAUCCUCCGAUUAUCUUCUGAGCCAUUCACCUUAUAAUCGUCGCAGUGAUGGUAUGAAUAUGAUAGGCAAGUCUGCAUGGGGAACGCAAGACUGGUUCUCUGCUAAUCCUCGUCUGGAUGCGUCUGCCGUCUCGAGUAGCGGGUCCUCUUUUGCCGAUGGCCUGUCUCCUGCCCCAUCAUCGCCCUUUUCGUUUCAUCACCUUAACCACGGUGUGCUAGACCGAUAUGACCUUUUUCCUGCCGCUUUUGCGCACGACUUUGCUUCCGAAGCGGGCAUGGGUGAUUCGCACUCCACUUUCUCGGACCCCGAGAUGUUUGCACCUACGAGUUUCAGAGGAUUCACCCAUCACUCGAACUACGCUGGAGAUUUAAUCUUCGGAGCUCGAACUCACCAACCGCCUCAGCAAUCAUUCUACGGCCCUGGUUUUGGCUUUGGAACUCCCGGACUGGGGCUGUCUGGGAUGCAGCAGUCUACUGGUAUUCACCCGAUGCAGUUGCAUACUCCUGCGUUGCCUGGGAUUGAUGAAAUUGAGCUGGCCUCUAUCACUCUCAAUGAUCAGGCGGAUGUGUCUCAUGAUGCGAUGGACGGCAGUAUGGAUGUAGGAGUGCAGAAGGAUGAACCCGAGGGAUCCUUGGGCCUUGGGCCUCUUGAUCUCUUCAAUAUCCCAUCCCAGAAUCUAGACGAUAUCGUCGACUUGGCGCACGAACUCCACUCCACUCCACCGGCCACGCCGCUUACCACCUCGCGCCACAUGCGCACGCAUUCGGGCAUGUUUCCUACCUCUAGUCACGGGCGUUCGAUCUCAGUGCCACCCUCGGCUGAGCCGCGCUCUACCACUUCACGUCCCACACAGGUACACGUUGGCUGCCAACCUCAAAUAACGGGCACACGAUCCCUCCCCCUGUUUGAGCCGUUGCCUCCUCAGCUCGCCGAACCGACGUAUCAUCAUGCUCAUACUCAUUCAGAGGAUCCUGCAUCCUUUGACGCCGAGUCGUGGCGUUCGUCAAAUCAUCAUUUCUAUGGCCUUCCUUUCCUUGAUUUGCACUACUACAGCAGCAACGCUAAUAAUGGCGGCAAUGUAGAAGUCGACUAUGAUUUCAAUGCACCGAAGAUGGCACCUGAUAACUCGAGGCAAGGCCAGGCGCUGGACCUCGCCCGGUCUACCUCGUCCACUAAGAACGUCGGGUAUGCAUAUGCGACGGUUUCACAGGCUCUAGGCAUGCCGCAGACUAGCGUUGCGACCGGAUCUCGCCCCCACCAUGCCACGCAUCACCGCGGACAAAGCGUGGUGUCCCCUCAAGAACUGCAGGUCCGCAAGAGUAGUGACAAUAAGAGGAAGCGGGCAAGUUGGGACGGCGGUAUUUUCUGAUAAUUUUAAUUUGUUUCCAUCUCUUUCUCUCUCUGGUUUCGGUCGUCGCCUGGGAUUCAGUACUGUAGUACGCUUCCCCUUAUUUGCUUUUCUCAUUCUCGAUCAUCGUUGUCAUCCGCCAUAGCAUCUCUCAUUCACGUCGGCGCUCCAUCGUGCAGCGCCAUCUAGCAUCGUUCUCGUUCACAUGUUUUUUAUUUUAUCUUUGCACUGUCUUCGUUUAUGUCGUGCAAUAUCAGGAUAUGUUUCGUC